AGAUUCAGGAAUAUGAAAGAGGAAGGUUGUUGCGUGCACAUUCGCUCUCAUUCUCUGCAUUCAAGGCAUUCUAGGAUUUAGAAACACAAUUCAGAAAAGUGAAAUUUUGUUCUCCUCUCAUGUGCGUGCAUAGUGAUGUAAUAAAAGGCCCACAAGGUUGUUAGUGUGUACUGAGCUAUCCCUGUUAGUUAGUGCAUGAAUAGAUGAAAUGUAACAAUUUACAGAAUAUAUUUACCAAGUGUACCAAAAAGAUGGAUGAGACCGAGAGUAACGCGUCCAACCCUAACCCAGCUCCGUCAACAAAUCUAUCCACCCAGGAGGAAAGAACAAAACCAUGCAAGGUUGUGGAUGGCAAAGGAAACCAGUUCCUAAAACCAAAAUUUCAAAACUUAACCAAAAUAUCUUUAGGCGAAGAUACUUAUACAAUAGUCGGAGUUGCCGGGACGGAUAAACAGGAUCAGGAUGGAAUCAACUUAUCAGAGGAAAACUCCGUUGGAGCAUUCAGGGUUAUCCGUAGAUCAGGAAGAUGGAAGAAAAACUCCAUCAGUCCAAAUCCAUCCUCACAACCCUCAGAUAGUCAGAACCAAGAGGAUUUUAGUUCAGUCUACUCUAACCCUGCAGAAGGAGAAGGAGGAGUAGGAGGGGAAGGUGGAGUAGGAGGGGGUGGAAGGGGAGAAGGGAAUAGAUUGGAUGGACUCCCAACCCCAGACUCACCGCUGGCCUGUCGAGAAGCUAAUCUUAGGCUAAAGGCUCUGUUGGCGGGUUUGAGUUCGGACAUAACACACUCUGAUCUUCUCUACCAGCUUCAAUACAUAGGAGAAGUUCUGGCAGUUGUAGCAGCAAAAGCAGAUGAACAUCUGAGACAAGCUGAUAACACAAGAGAGGAUAUAGAGGAUGAUUUGUCUGAGCUGACCAGCGAGGCUGUACCGGAUGAGGUCAGAAAAUGGUUGGCCUCGACUUUCGCGAAGCAGGAGCAGGUGAUGAGGCGGACUGAAGAACGACCAAGUUUCAAAUCUGUUGCCAACGCUAUUCGCACAGGAAUUUUUAUUGAAAGAAUUUACCGCAGGAUUUCAACCUCACAACUAAUGCUCAUACCACCAGAUGUUCAAAUAUUUCUUGAUAAAGUUGAUGACUGGAACUUUGACAUUUUCUCCUUUGCUCGAGCUACUAAAGGCAGUCCUCUUAAAUUCUUAGGUUACCAUCUGCUACAGAAGCAUGGGUGUUUACAUAAAUACAAGAUUCCUCCGUCAACCCUGGAGACUCUUCUCUCCCACCUUGAGAUAGGGUACACCAAGAACUCUAAUCCUUACCAUAACAACCUCCACGCUAGUGAUGUACUGCAGACAACACAUUGGUUUAUCUCCCAAACCGGUUUAAAGAACUGGCUCUCAGAUCUAGAAAUAUUUGCUCUUCUGUUCUCCGCCAUUGUUCAUGAUUACGAUCAUUCAGGAACUACCAAUAAUUUCCAUAUUCAGUCAGGUUCAAGUCUGGCAAUAUUAUACAAUGAUAGAGCUGUAUUAGAGAACCAUCAUGUGGCAGAAUUUUUCAGGACGAUGUAUGAGAACGAUUGCAACAUAUUGAACAACAUGUCCAGGACGGAGUUUAGGGAGUUUAGAUCUCUUAUGAUAGAGAUGGUUCUACACACAGAUAUGUCAAUGCACUUCACACAGUUAAAGUCGAUGAAAACCUUACUUCAGUCUACAACAGACGGAAACAGUGUGGAUAAAACCAAAGUGCUCAGUCUUCUCCUUCAUUCUUGCGAUGUGUCACAUCCAGCAAAACGGUGGGAUUUACAUCACCAAUGGACUGCAAGAUGUAUGGAAGAGUUCUUUCGACAAGGAGAUAUGGAACGUAGCAGAGGAUUAGACUUCUCACCACUUUGCGACAGGCAGAAUACAAUGGUUCCACAGUCCCAGAUUGGUUUCAUAGACUUUAUCGUGGUUCCAACUCUUGGUAUAGCAGGGGAUGCCAUGUCUCUGGUUCUUUGCUCGCGACAAGAGAACAAGGAAAUACAGAAACCUUGGAAUGAAAUCUUGUUGGUUAAUAAAUCAAAAUGGCAGGCAAAGGCCGAGGAUGGGGAGACGGGUAUAGAGACCUCUGAUGCUGGAAAGGAUUUGAAACCUCCAAGGGUUUGCUCCGCUAGGUUUGAAAGACGAGAAAAUGAUGAACUUGAAAACUCUCCUGCAAACCAUUUCUCGAAAUCUGAGGAGAUUAUAAAUGAGCACCAAGUGAUAAUUGACACAAGCUCCCGCACAAAACACAAAGAAGUAUUGAAGAAUAUUCCUAGCACUGUAAUCUCCCCACCUGCAUCCCCUGCUUCUUGGAAUAUGGAUUCCAGAUAAGGAAAGAAAAUUAUCUUUACGUAGCAGAUAUUUUGUCCAUGGAUAAUGUAUUUUAAAAGAGGAUUAUUGAUGAAUAAACCAUCUAAAAUCGUGAA